AUGAUGCUAUUGUUUUUAUUGUGUUUAGCUCCAGUGUGUGGGCUGAAGUUUACAGCAACAACAAACACAAAACCCAUCGAAUACGAUUAUGGUGCUCGAUCUGUUGCUGUUGGCGAUUUCAAUAAUGAUACUUGGUUAGACAUGGUUGUUACUAACCACAUCGUUGAUUUAAUUUCUAUUUAUUUCGGACAGGAUGAUGGCUCUUUUUCGAUUCCAACCCAGUUUCCUACUGGCACCGGAUCUACUCUGUACAUGGUAGCUGUUGGCGAUUUGAGCAAAGAUAGUAGAUUGGAUAUCGCAGUAGCAAAUUUUGGUACCAAUAGCAUUGGUAUAUUUAUGGGAUUUAGGAAUGGAUCUUUCGACAAUCACACAGAUCAUUCAAUUUGCACGCCUCGUCCGAUAGUAAUUAGUAUAUCUGACUUAAAUAAUGGCGCACUACUUGCUAUUGUCAGUGUUAAUUAUAGAACCCGCAGUAUAAGUAUACCGCAUGGAUAUGAAAAUGGAAAAUUUUCGAGUGCAAUCAUGUAUUGGACAGGCUACGGUUCUUUUCGAUCUUCAGUAGUUAUUGCAGAUUUCAAUAAUGAUAAUUAUUUAGAUCUUGCUGUUACGAAUUAUGGUACGGAUAAUAUCGAUUCCUACGUUGAUAUUGCUGUGGCUAAUUUUGGAAGUAAUGAAAUUGGCGUACUUGUAAAUAAUGGAAACGGAACUUCUACAAAGCAAGUUCCAUAUUCCACUGAUUCGGCUUCUCCGUAUACUAUUGGUGUUGAGGACUUCAAUCAAGAUAACCGAUUAGAUUUACUUGUUACCAAUAAGGGUACUAAUAAUAUAGUCGUAUUAAUUGGUUAUGGAAAUGGAACCUUCGCCAACCCAAAAAUGUAUUCAACAGGAGCAACUUCGCCGAUAUCACUUGCCGUAGGUGAUAUCAACAAAGACAGUCGUCUGGACGUGAUAGGUGUUAGCAAUGAUACUGGUGCCCUGGAUAUCGUUUUUGGUUCUUUGGAGAGCUUGGAAAAUCAGGUGAAUUGUUCAGCUGACUCUUCUCCAUACGCUGUAGCUAUUGGACUGGAUAUCGUUGUCGCUAAUUAUAGUGAUGCUCUGAGUGUUUUUCUCGCACAUACUACUGGUGAUUUCAACAACGACAAUCAACUGGAUAUAGUUUUCUCCAAUGGUGGUAGCAAUGAUGUGAUUGUUCGUCUCGGAUAUGGAUCUGUAGCUAUUGUGGAUGUGAACAACGGCAAUCGACUGGAUAUUAUCGUUGGUAAUCGAGAAAGCAAUGAUAUAAGUAUAAUGCUGCAAUAUAAUAGAGGCUUUCUAACAAACGGAAUGACAUACGCAUCUGGCGGUGGUUCUGAUCUGCAAUAUGCUGUGGUUGGUGAUAUAAAGGAUGACUGUCGAUUAGAUAUCGUGGCUGCCAAUUAUGGCACUAAUGAUGUAGGCAUCAUUUUCGGACAUGUCGGUGGCACUUUCUUGAGCCAAAUCAUUCAGAGUGCAGGCUGA